AUGCAGCAAUUAACAAAGUUGUCUAAUUCUCCUCCUCCUUCCUCUUCUGAAUCAAAGCUUCCAUUGAAACCAAUCCCCGGUGACUAUGGCUUCCCUUUCUUUGGUGCAAUCAAAGAUCGUCUAGACUAUUUCUAUAACCAAGGCAAAGAUGAGUUCUUUAAAAACCGCAUCCGAAAACACAAUUCCACAGUCAUCAAAACCAACAUGCCUCCCGGCCCUUUCAUUGCCAAAAACCCCAAAGUCAUUGCUGUCCUUGAUGCAAUCUCAUUUCCAAUCCUCUUUGACACUUCUCAAGUCAAAAAAUAUAACGUUCUUGAUGGAACUUUCUUACCUUCUUUGUCCUACACUGGCGGAUACCGUGUUUGUGCCUAUCUUGACCCUUCUGAGCCCAAACACGCUGCUCUCAAAUCCUACUUUAUGUCUGUGCUUGCAUCAAAGCAAAGCGAAGUUAUUCCUCUCUUUAGAACCUGCUUGUCACAACUGUUCGUCAACAUUGAGGAUGGCCUAGCGUCUCAAAAGAAAGCAAAUUUCAACAACCUUGGUCAGGCCAUGUCUUUCAACUACAUUUUCCGUCUCUUUUGCGGUAAAGAUCCGUCCGAAACAGCGAUUGGAUCGAAAGGACCAGCCAUUGCUGAUAAAUGGCUGGCUUUACAACUCGGACCACUUUUUACCCUAGGGUUACCUAAGUUCUUGAAAUAUGUAGAUGAUCUGUUGUUGCAUACGUUUCCAUUUCCGUUUUUCUUAGUAAAAUCUGAUUACUAUAAGCUGUACGAUGUGUUUUAUGCCUCUUCCGGUCCGAUCUUGGACCAAGCUGAGAGUUUUGGGCUUACAAAAGAGGAAGCUUGCCAUAAUCUUGUGUUUCUUGCUUCUUUUAGUACUUACGGAGGCUUGAAAGUUUGGUUUCCUGCUUUGAUCAAAUGGGUUGGCCAAGCAGGAGAGGAUUUGCACCUUCAGCUCGCGGAUGAAAUCAGGACCGCUGUUAAAAAAGAAGGUGGGGUCACUAUCCAAGCAUUGGAUCAGAUGGUUUUGACCAAAUCUGUUGUUUAUGAAGCUUUCAGGAUUGAACCGCCAGUUCCAUUCCAGUAUGCUAAGGCUAAGGAAGAUAUUGUGGUCCAAAGUCAUGAUGCAGCCUAUGAGAUCAAGAAAGGAGAAAUGAUCUUCGGAUAUCAGCCGUUUGCUACAAAGGAUCCUAAGGUCUUUGAUGAUGCUGAAGAGUUUGUGGGGCAUAGGAUUGUGGGGGAGGGAGAGAAGUUAUUGAAGUAUGUUUAUUGGUCAAAUGGGCGGGAGACUGUGGAUCCAACGGUGGAGGAUAAGCAAUGUCCUGGGAAGGAUAUGGUGGUGCUCCUUUCUAGGCUAAUGUUGGUUGAGCUCUUCCUACGUUACGACACAUUUACUGUUGAAACGGCAGUUUUGCCGAUUGGAUCUUCCGUGACGUUCACUUCUGUGGCCAAAGCCACAAGCAUUUGA